UUCAGUUACAAUUUGUAUAAAAAAAAUAAUUUCUUUUUAAAUUUUUCUUUCAGCUUGUGGAAGAGAAAUAUGUACGAAUAUUUGAGAAAGUUUUAGAGGAAUUCAUGAAGGUUCUAGAUAUGCUGAAGCAAGAAACAUUUGUGAGCGAGGGGACUGGCUUGCAGACUUUUACAAAGUCAUUCUUGAUGCAAGUGUUCGAAGAAGAGAAAGGAAAACUCGAAAAGGACAUUGCAGAGGAUAUAUGCUUUAAGGCAGCACACAUAAUACUGUAUGGUACAGAUCUAGAGCCAUUUAUGAUGGAUACAUUUGACCCUCGUCAGGUACAUAUCAAAGCAGUGAUUUUCCUCAAAAGUGUCAAAAAGAGAUUUGAAGACGAACUCAAGAAACAUCCAGACAUAUAAUUGUUCAUCUUUAAUGAAAUGAUGAUGGAGGAAGGAGGCAUGGACAAGAAAAAAGAGGCAAAAGAAAGCACUGAUAAGAAAAUCGAAGAAGCAGCAAUUACCCUUCAAUCUUUCAUGCGUCAAUCUAUCGACCAAAAGAGGUAUGGGAAAAUCAAGAAGUCAGCACGGAUAAUACAGAGUCAAUAUAGAACAUGUCAUGCCAGGAAAGAGACCCAAAAGAAAUACCAUGCAAUGAAAGCAGCAGCUGUAACCAUGCAGGCCUGUUAUAGAGGAAAGCGGGCCAGAGACACCUACCAAAGAAUGAGAAAGUCUACUAUACUGCUUCAGGCUGCAUACAAAGGGUGGCUAGUCAGAAAGCAGCUAAAGGAACGCCGUGCCCUCAUAAAACAGGAAGCAGCAAUUACCAUUCAAUCUUUUUUGCGUCAAUGUAUCGACCAAAAAAGGUAUGUGAAAAUCAAGAAGUCAGCGCGGAUAAUACAGAGCCGAUAUAGAGCAUGUCGUGCCAGGAAGGAGACCCAAAAGAAAUACCAUGCAAUGAAAUCAGCAGCUGUGACCAUGCAGGCCUGUUAUAGAGGAAAGCGGGCCAGAGACACCUACCAAAAAAUCAGAAAGUCUACUAUACUGCUUCAGGCUAAAUGCAAAGGGUGGCUAGUCAGAAAGCACUUAAAAGAACGCCGUGCCCUCAUAAAAGAGGAAGCAGCAAUUACCGUUCAAUCUUUCAUGCGCCAAUGUAUCGACCAAAAGAGGUAUGGGAAAAUCAAGAAGUCAGCGCGGCUAAUACAGAGCCGAUAUAGAGCAUGUCAUGCCAGGAAAGAGACCCAAAAGAAAUACCUUGAUAUGAAAGCAGCAGCUGUAACCAUGCAGGCCUGUUAUAGAGGAAAGCGGGCCAGAGACACCUACCAAAAAAUCAGAAAGUCUACUAUACUGCUUCAGGCUGAAUGCAAAGGGUGGCUAGUCAGAAAGCACUUAAAAGAACGCCGUGCCCUCAUAAAACAGGAGAAAGAGAUGAUUGACACAAAGAUGGGAAAACCAAAGAAACUGGGUAAAAUGAAAAGAUUCCGAAAAUGGUUACGAAGAACCUUCUCCUGCUCAAGUUCAAUAUAAGAAGUGGAUUGUCUUUCAAGAACUAAUUUCAAAACAUUAAUUAUCUUUCUGUAAAAUAAAUUUAAAUAUUACUGGAUAACUUCUCUUCAUCAAGGAAUAUUUGGGGCCCAGGAGGGGACACCCGAGCUAUUUUUACAGGUUUGUUUGGCUGAUAAUUAACUUUUUUUCAUUUGAUUCUUUGUUCUAAAUUUAUAUAAUGUGGGCCUCAUAUACAAGAGGCUUGCAUUGCAAAACUGACUUAUUCUAAAUUUUAUUUUUGGCUUUUCUUUCUGGUAACAAAGCGAGGGAGACAGAUCGCUUGCUGAGUUACCAGAGCAAAAUUACUUCAAUGAUUUAGAAACUUUAGGUCUUUCAGGGAAACCCAUUUUAACCAGGGUUUCCCUAUCUUUUAAAAAGCAUAAAAUUGUAAGUACAUCCAUUUAGAGAUGUUGAAAGCUCCGUUGUCCUCUCCUGUCUAAAGUCUGCUUAUAAUUUUAAUUACCUAUAGUUAAUUAUCUUAAUUUUAUUUAAAUCUGUCCAUCAAAUUCAUGUGCUAAGAGUUUCAAUAUUUUGUACAUUUU